AAGCCACAGGUCACCGAGGUAAAGGGCAUAUUGAUUGGAGUCCAUCAAUACUAGAAUUCACCGGUGCUUGCUCCUCCUCCUACAAUGUAUAACCAGGCAGAGCCGAGGACUCUGGCUGGUCAGCUACUCAUCCACCUUCAGUACAGGACCUAGGAUUAAGAGGACAACUCCCCCACACACAAUGUCGGAAGACAAGAUCACUGGAGCUUUGGCUUUCACUGUCUUCACUGCUGUGCUGGGUUCCUUCCAGUUUGGAUAUGACAUCGGAGUGAUCAAUGCACCUCAAGAGGUAAUAAUAUCCCAUUAUCAACAUAUUUUGGGUGUUGAGUUGGAUGACCGAAGAGGUACCAGUAACUAUGGUGUCAACAGCACGAACAGCCCAUUCAUAAUCACGCCAGCCCCCCAGACUGACAGAGAGGCUGCAGGAUCUGCUCAACUCAUCACUGUGCUCUGGUCUCUGUCUGUGUCCAGCUUCGCAGUGGGCGGAAUGGUCGCCUCAUUCUUUGGUGGGUGGCUAGGGGACAAGUUUGGAAGGAUCAAAGCCAUGUUGGCAGCAAACAGUCUCUCCUUGACUGGAGCUCUCUUGAUGGGGUGUUCCAAAUUAGGGCCGUCACAUAUCCUCAUCAUUGCUGGAAGAACUAUAUCAGGAUUCUACUGUGGGCUCAUUUCAGGACUGGUUCCAAUGUAUAUUGGUGAAAUCGCUCCAACCACUCUCCGGGGGGCCCUGGGCACUCUUCACCAACUGGCCAUUGUCACAGGCAUUCUCAUUAGUCAGAUAGCUAGCCUCAGCUUUAUUCUGGGAAAUCAGGAUCGUUGGCACAUCCUGCUUGGCCUGUCUGCUGUGCCGGCUCUCCUACAGUCUCUCCUGCUACUCUUCUGUCCAGAAAGCCCCCGAUACCUUUAUAUAAAGCUGGAAGAAGAAGUCAAAGCGAAGAAAUGCUUGAAGAGACUAAGAGGAACUGAUGAUGUCACCAAAGACAUUAAUGAAAUGAAAAAGGAAAAGGAAGAGGCAUCUACUGAGCAGAAAGUCUCCGUGAUUCAGCUCUUUACAGAUUCCAGCUAUCGGCAGCCCAUCAUCGUGGCGCUAAUGUUGCACAUGGCUCAGCAGUUUUCUGGAAUCAAUGGGAUAUUUUACUACUCAACCAGCAUUUUCCAGACAGCUGGUGUCAGCCAGCCUGUGUAUGCCACCAUUGGCGUUGGUGCCGUCAACUUGAUCUUCACUGCUGUCUCUGUACUGCUGGUGGAGAAGGCCGGGCGGCGGUCCCUGUUUCUAGCUGGAAUGAUCGGGAUGUUUUUCUGUGCCAUUAUCAUGUCCUUGGGACUUGUGUUGCUGGAUAAAUUUGCCUGGAUGAGUUACGUGAGCAUGACAGCCAUUUUCCUCUUCGUCAGUUUUUUUGAGAUUGGGCCAGGUCCAAUCCCUUGGUUCAUGGUUGCUGAAUUUUUCAGCCAAGGCCCCCGCCCCACUGCUCUGGCACUGGCUGCCUUCAGCAACUGGUUCUGCAAUUUCAUUGUCGCUCUCUGCUUCCAAUACAUCACGGACUUCUGCGGGCCUUACGUGUUCUUCCUCUUCGCUGGGAUCGUCCUGGCCUUCACCCUGUUUACGUUUUUUAAAGUUCCAGAGACCAAAGGAAAGUCUUUUGAGGAAAUCGCCGCAGAAUUCCGGAAGAAAAGAGGUGCAGCCCCACCCUCCAAAGCUGCUGUACAAAUGGAAUUCCUGGGGGCUUCAGAGACUGCUUGAGGAUGACCGGUCUAAAGCCCAAGAACAGAGCAGAAGGGAACCACGUGUUCCCCCUUAACCGAUUCCUUCAUGAGUGUAUGUCUACACCCAAUACUUUUGUUUUAUACCUUUUGAAGAAUUUGUACAGACUCUGAUCGGAAAUGUCAACAAAUAUUACCAAAGAAAAUAUUUUUUUAACUUAAAGAUCUAUUUUUUGAUGGUAAAACUCCUAGUUAAGUAAACAAAGGGGCUGUUACUUUGAUGCAGGGAAAGUGUGUUAUAAUCUUCAUAGCCCUGUUCGUUUUUUAAAACUGAAAUUGAAGUGCUUUUGACAUAUUGCAUCAUUGCUUUUUAAAACAUGUGACUAACAAACCUGAAGUUACAACGAUAUCUAUAUAUUUAAACAUGAUAAAUUAGGAUUUUCUCAGACACAGAUCUGAUGCUAAAGGACAUAUGACUAGUGUCAGCAAGACACAUGUUCAAACUGACAUUUUUGUUACCCUUCCUCAGCUUCUCACAUGUGUAUUAGAGUUUGUGUUUUGCUUGAAAUUAGUUUUCUGUAUUUUUAUAUAGAAUAGCUUAGUAUGUUAAACUAUAUUUGUGAUGAAAAACUAUUUUUAUAGUUACCAAAAUCUUCCUAUAUUAAGAGAACACAUUUUAGUUUCUAUGUUUGAUGUAUUUUGCAAUUAAACACUCAAGUUUCUUCUCCUCACUGCAGGGCCUAGAUUAUCAGUUAAUGUUAGCAUCUAAACGUAUUAGUUACUCACUACUUCAGUCCUUUGUGUUAUACUUCAUUUGUUUGUUUGUUUGUUAAUUACCCACUAGUGUUUUCGUCUGAGGUGCUAGACACAUUUAAUCAGGA